AUGAAAGAAGAGGGAGGAAGUGUAUGUUUUGGUUCGGUUUAUACCAGAUGGGGUAGGAAGGAUUGUCCAUCAAACGGGACAGAGCUGGUUUAUACAGGAGUUACAGGUGGAGGCUACUAUGAUCAUACUGGUUCAGCUGUUAACUACGUUCGUUUACCUCACGACCCAGACUUCAUUCAGGGGGAUACAUCUGGAGGAUAUGCGACAAUAUAUGGGAGCGAAUAUCAAGAAAAUAAAUUCGGUCAUAAUCUAGUUGACAAUGAUGUACCUUGUUCAGUUUGCAGAGCAAUUACCAAGUCAUCAGUGGUGAUGAUUCCCGGCAAAAUGAUUUGUUAUUGCGCCUGGAACCGAGAAUUUUAUGGACGUUUGGCAGCUGGAUUUGAUGAUGCAAAAGCUGCAUCUGAAUAUGUUUGCGUUGAUCACCAGGCGCAAUACAUAGAAGGUGGUGGUGCUAAUCAUGAUGGAAAACUUUUCCAAACAGUUGGGGCUAAAUGUGGGUCAUUGCCGUGUCCGCCUUAUUAUGAUAUGGCACCAAUGUCUUGUGUUUUUUGUUCUAAGUGA